AUGGCUGAGACUUCACAGCCUGCGCAAGAGAGCGCGGGGCUUGAUGGCGGUAUUCUCGAGCCAAUCGCUGUGGUUGGAAUGUCCAUGAAGUUUCCACAAGAUGCCGUCACAGAAGAGUCGUUUUGGCAGAUGUUAUUAGAGAAGCGCUGUGCGGCAACUGAGUUUCCGGAGGACCGAUUGAACAUUGAUGCUUUCCACAGUCCAGAGGCAGGAAAGCGAAAUACGAUUUCAACUCGCAAAGCGCAUUUCCUGGGUGAAGAUUUCCGAGCGUUUGACGCACCAUUCUUUUCCAUCCCCCCUUUAGAAGCGGCAACAAUAGAUCCCCAACAGCGAGGACUGUUAGAAACUACAUAUCGUGCAUUGGAGAAUGCUGGGAUACCCAUGGAAGCGGUCAGAGGCUCCGAUGCCUCUGUCCAUGUUGGCUCAUUUACAAGUGAUUUCAAAACUAUGGUCUGGAGAGAUGCACAACAAAUUCCCAAAUACAGUGCAACAGGGACCGCUGGUUCGAUUCUUUCAAACAGAAUAAGCUGGUUCUUUGAUCUGGGUGGCCCUAGCAUGACCGUUGAUACGGCGUGCUCAAGUGGCUUGGUUGCGCUCGACUUGUCGUGCCAAGGACUGUGGACGGGACAGUCUCGAAUGGGAGUCGUCGCGGGUUCAAAUCUCAUUUUAUCCCCAGAGUUGAAUAUUGCUUUGUCAUCUAUGAGCUUUCUCUCCAAAGACGGUCAGUGCUUUAGUUUCGACCAAAGAGGAAAUGGCUAUGGACGAGGAGAGGGGUUCGGGGUGCUAAUCCUGAAACGUUUAUCCGAUGCCAUCCAAGAUGGUGAUACCAUUAGAGCGCUGAUUCGAUCAACGGGUGUCAACCAAGAUGGUAACACUCCUGGAGGUGUAACUCAGCCUAGCCGAGUCUCACAAGCAGCUUUGAUCACGGACACGUACCGAAAAGCAGGGCUUGGAAUGGGCUUGACACGCUUUUUUGAAGCACAUGGCACCGGAACCGCAAUUGGAGAUCCAAUCGAGGCCAGAGCUAUCGGCGACAGUUUCCGGGACCAAAGACCCGGAAAGGAAACGCUGCUCAUUGGUGCCGUGAAAGCAAACCUUGGCCACUUGGAAGGUGCCAGUGGCUUGGCUGGUCUUAUCAAAACCAUUCUCGUUCUAGAAAAGGGACUCAUUCCACCGAACGCCAGCUUUGAGAAUUUAAAUUCCAACAUAGAUGCAGACUUUCUCCAGCUCGAGUUUCCCCUCGAAUGUACACCUUGGCCUUCUGAAGGUCCUAGAAGAGCUUCCGUGAAUUCAUUUGGUUUCGGAGGGACAAACGCACAUGCUGUUCUUGAAGAUGUUCGCAGUUACCUUCUUGCGAGGAAUCUGGUUGCAAACCACUGCACUGUGAAGUCAGCACUGAUUCAACGUCACAAUACGUUCACCAAUUCAGUGAACACCGAUCAAUUGAUACCAAAAUUAUUGGUGUUCUCAUCAGCAGAUGAAGCAGGUAUGCGUCGGCUUUCCCAAGCCUAUAGCCAGUACUUUGCCGAGCCUGGUCGAAAUGACGAUACCCAACGGCUUUUAGAUCUCGCUUUCACACUUAACAGUCGCCGCAGUGCACUGCCUUGGAAAUCGUACCUUGUGGCUAGUUCAAUAUCAGAACUCGCUGAGAUGGAGCAGAUAGUUUCUAAGCCCUUACAAGCUUCAGGCCAGAAGCCAAAUUUGGGUUUCGUCUUCACCGGACAAGGAGCUCAAUGGUACGCCAUGGGUCGUGAACUCAUGGUGUAUCCAGUUUUCAAAGCCAGUCUCCUUAAAGCACAGAAUCACUUGCAAAAACUCGGUUGCAGUUGGCUACUAACAGUGGAACUUGCGAGAGACAAGUCGACGUCGCGAAUAAACGAGCCCGAGUUCAGUCAAGCCUUAUGUACAGCUGUGCAGCUUGCACUCGUCGAUCUAUUCGAGUCUGCUGGCGUAGUUCCUUCUGUAGUCGUCGGGCACUCUUCUGGAGAAAUUUCUGCAGCUUACUGUAAUGGUUCUCUAUCCAUGGAGUCCGCAAUGAAGAUAUCAUAUCGCCGAGGGGCCCUUGCUUCGAAGCUUGCGCGGGAAGCGAAAUCUAAGCAUCGGAUGGCAUCCAUUGGGUUGUCUCAAGCCCAAUUCUUUACAGAGCUGGAGAAGCUGAAGCAAGAGGGGCUGGAACUGAAUUCGCUUACUAUCAGCUGCAUCAACAGCCCAAAGAAUGUCACAGUGUCGGGUCCAGAUGCCCAGCUUGACAUUUUGGUUGCGCACUAUGACAAGACCGAUGUGUUCGCGCGAAAGCUAAUGGUAGAUGUUGGCUAUCACUCGCCCCAAAUGCAAGAAAUUGCCGGUGAAUAUCUGGCAUCAAUGGAUAACCUGACAAGAGGAACUCGUAAGACAAAGACUAUCAUGGUGUCUUCAGUUACUGGCGCAAUCAUCGAUGCUGAUGUUUUGUGUACUGGUGAGUACUGGGUGCAGAACAUGGUCUCACCGGUCAACUUCUUAGGAGCAAUGAAAGAAUGCUGCUCGCGUCCGGGCUCAACAUCUCCCACCAAGAAGCUGGACCGAAGUCAUCUCCGAGAAAUUGUUACGCAUGCUCUGGUGGAGAUUGGACCUCAUUCCGCACUUCAAGGCCCAAUUCGUGAUAUACUCGCUUCUGUGAAUAGAGCCGGCGAAGUGAGCUACGCCUCUGCUUUAGUCCGAAAUCGCUCAGCCGUGGAAUCGCUGCUCGCUACCGCCGGCCGUCUGCAUUGCCAGGGCAUCUCUGUGGAUAUAAAUGCUCUGAAUUUGUUGGAAUCGAAAGAUUCAACUGUGCCGCGUGUAUUGGUCGAUCUUCCCCACUACCCUUUUAACCACUCAACGGUGUAUUGGGAAGAGUCGCAGAUGAACAAGGAGUUCAGAUUCAGAGAGAAUCUCAACCAUGAGCUUCUAGGGAACCAAGCCCCCGGAUACAAUGAACUUGAGCCUAGGUGGAGGCUUAUUAUCCGGUCAGAUGAACUUCCCUGGGUAGAAGACCACAAAGUGAACGGCUCCAUCUUGUACCCCGCAGCUGGAAUGCUUGCUAUGGCGAUUGAAGCGACAAAACAAUUGACGGGGAAUGAUCCUCCUUUGGGCUACGAAAUAAAGGACGCCGUAUUCCAUUCCCCACUUCUCAUCUCCACUUCAAAGGAGAAUGUCGAGACGCAAAUCUGCCUCCGCCCAACCGCAACUUCCUCGAACUCGAAAUCAACAUGGUAUGAUUAUCGGAUGUAUGUCCACAAGACGGAUGAAGGCUGGACCGAACUUUGUACGGGAUCCAUUAGAGCGGACUAUGGAAAAACACAGUCUGAAGUUGACCAUGGCAUAGAAGGACCAAUGUUCUUGGAUACGAUAAGAAGAAAUCACUCCGGCGCUGCUAACAGGUGCAACGGGCUGAUCGAGUCUUCCAAUCUGUACCGUAUGUUGAAAGAGAUGGGUUUAGAAUAUGGCCCGGCAUUUCAACCUCUCCACGACAUUCGAUAUAGUCAGGAUGGUGAGGCAACUGCCAGAGUUGCCCUAUUUGAUCUUGAAAGCCCUGCGGCAACAGAAGCUCAACGCCAUGUAAUUCAUCCCACUACUCUGGAUGGUAUUUUCCAGAUGAUAUUCGUUGCUUUGAGUAAAGGGAGCGCAGCUGGCGUUCAGACAAUGGUGCCGUCCCGUAUCGACAAAGUCUGGGUUUCAAACACCGGAGCAGGAACCCCUUUCAAAGGUUCACUCGAGGCGUAUACCAAGUCACACCAAUUCAGUAAGCGCAGUGCCCGAGGUUUGGUCUCUGUACUUGACAACGAAGGCCAACUCAUGGUUCACGUCGAUGGAUUUGAAGCGACUGCUGUCUCAACACAGACCAAUGCCGACACCCAGGAAGAAGCAAGACAAUUAUGCUAUAACAUGACCUGGAAGUGGGAUCCUGAAACCAUGGACAAAAGUCAGAUCCAGCAGUACUGCAAGACAUUGGCCCGGCCAGAUUUGCAAAACGCCGAGAGAUACAAAGAUGCUGAAUUCAUGGCUCUUGCCUUUGGCUCCGCUGCCUUGAGAAAACUCCGUGUCCAAAAUCGUUUACCAUGUCCUCGGAUGGAAGAUUACGCUAUUUGGCUUCAGAUGGCGCUGGACGAUGAUUUAUCUUCACUAUCAGUAAAAGAGGCCGCCAAGCGUCGCGCACAAAUCGAAGACCCAACUUACCUGGGCUACGUCUGUAAGCAUCUUGCUUCAAGCAGUCUUGGACAGCUUUUCAUGCGUAUUGGGCAUCAUCUGCCGAAUAUACUUUCUGGCGACAUUGAUCCUUUGGACGUUCUCUUCAGCGACGAAUAUAUGUUUGAUGAUUUUCAUCGUGAGUUGACUGAAGGCUCUGGAUGUUUUAAUGCCCUUGGUAAAUACCUCGAAGCCCUAGCCCAUAAGAAUCCCGGCAUGGAGAUACUGGAAAUCGGUGCUGGCACAGGCGCCACGACCGCGAUGCUCCAAGAAACUCUUGCAUCGCAACCCAGCGCUCCUAGCUACGGGCAAUAUGAUUUUACAGACUCGAGACCAUUCUUUGUUGACAGGGCAAGGGAAACGUUUAAGCCAUAUAGCCGAAUGGCAUACUAUGUCGUGGAUCUGGAGAAAGACAUCGUCAACCAGGGUUUGAAGGAAGGGAGCUAUGAUGUCGUCGUAGCUACGAGCGCACUUGUCUCUUACAAAGACAGCGGUGAAACUAUCCGCAAUGCCCAGAAACUGCUGAGGCCAGGAGGAAAGCUCAUCUUGGGACAAAUAACAGUUGGGGACGCCGUGCGACCUGGCUUCGCCAAUGGAUUGCUCCCGGAAUGGUGGUCCAAGAGCCCAGAGACUCCAUGUGUCUCCGAAGAGAAAUGGGACCAGAUUUUGAAGGAGAAUGGUUUCUCAGGCACUGACAUCAUAUUCCGGGAUUUUGAAGACGAACAAUUCCACGAUUAUAGCAUCAUAAUCUCGACCGCAAAGCCUGUAGCUGCCGUUCGUCCUUUCCCCGGGGAGAUUGUUGCGAUCGUGGAGAGCAAUUCGGAAAGCCAACGUGUCAUGUCUCAGUACCUUGGCCAAGAGCUUCGAAAAUUCGGGUACAAUCUCUCCAAAAUUUUGACCUUUGAGCAGGCGGCAUCGUUAUUGGACCAGAAUGCAUACCAUUAUAUUGUGAUGCAUGAUCUCAGUGCCCCUCUGCUUCGCAAUCUCACUUCCGAUGGCCUCUCGGCUCUUCAAACCAUUCUUUGCUCGGCUGGAAGUUUGCUGUGGGUGAUGCCUGGAGGGAGACAAGGCCCGGUGACGCCCGCCUGUGGUAUGGUGGAAGGUCUUUGCAGAGUUUCGCGACAAGAAAACCCGAACGUACCGCUAGUCACCCUUGCCUUGGACGUCUCCCCUAGAACCAAAACGAAGAAUUUUGCUUGCAAUAUCGCCCGCGUGUUCCAUCUUACUGUUUCCCACAAAGAGAUGGGAGACUUCGAGCCUGAAUACGUGGAAAUGGAUGGAUGUCUGCACAUCAACCGUCUUUCAACAGCCGCACCUCUCAAUGACCAUAUCUACGUUCGAACCAACUAUCCUCGACGAGAGCAGAAAUUUGGAGAUUUGCCUGCGGUUAAGGUCGACGUGAGAACACCAGGGCUACUUGAUUCCUUGGAAUUCAUUGAAGACGAAAAAGCAUCUCUUCCUUUGGGACCCAAUGAAGUGGAGGUAGAAGUACGAGCGAUAGGCGUGAACUUCAAAGAAUGCCUCACGGUCUUGGGACGUGUGAACACUGACACCCUGGGGAACGAGUGCUCUGGUGUGGUUAGCCGUGUUGGUGAUAACUGGGAUACACUGAAGCCUGGAGACCGGGUCGCUCUUUGUGCUACCGAUACUUACAGGUCGUUUGCACGGUCAUCGAUUGGGUGUGCCGCUAAAAUUCCAGACAGCAUGACUUUCAAUGAAGCAGCCGCAAUCCCCACUGCUUUCUGCACCGCAUACUAUUGUCUGAUCGAAUCAGCUCGCCUUGAGAAAGGCGAGUCAAUCCUUAUCCAUGCUGCAUCGGGUGGAACAGGCCAGGCUGCUGUUCAAAUUGCCCUUCACCUAGGCGCCGAAGUAUUUGCAACUGUGGGAUCGCAAGAGAAGAAGCAGCUCAUUAUGAGCCAGUAUCAGAUUCCGGAAGAUCACAUCUUUUAUAGUCGAGACCUCUCAUUCGCAGACGGGAUAAAGCGGAUGACACAAGGGCGUGGCGUUGACGUGGUAUUGAACUCGCUUGCGGGUGACCAAUUGGUUGCGACCUGGGAGUGCAUCGCACCGUAUGGGCGAUUUAUGGAGAUCGGAAGAAGAGACAUCGACAACCAUGGAAACCUUCCCAUGUAUUCAUUCCUCAGGAACGCGUCUUUUACCGGUGUUGAUCUAGCCGCGAUUGUACAGCAACGACCGCAGCUUAUCCAGAAGAUGAUGCGAGAGAUUAUGCGCCUGGUGGAGGCUAAAAAGCUGGGCCCAUCAUAUCCAUUGACCGUAUUCCCAAUCUCCGACAUGGAACAUGCAUUUAGAAUUCUUCAGAGCGGGAAAAGUUCCGGGAAGAUUGUUCUGGAGGCCACCACAGAUGCCAUUGUUCCGACGAGUCUCAAAACUAGACCCUCAUACAACCUUAGCAAAGACGCUACUUACCUCAUCGCCGGGGGUCUUGGAGGGAUUGGUCGCAGCAUAGCAAAGUGGCUUGUAGAUCGAGGAGCAAGUAAUUUGAUCCUUCUUUCUCGCUCCGGACCAGAUGGGAAUGAGAAAGGACAGGCGCUAGUUACGGAAUUGCGGGCGAAAGGGGUUCGCGUUGUGGCACCUGCUUGCGAUAUUACAAGCCUCUCGGCAUUGAAGAGUCUUGUUCAAAGAUGCGCGAAAACAAUGCCCCCAAUAAAGGGCUGCAUUCAAGCAUCAAUGGUCCUACGAGACACAACAUUUGCUGCCAUGUCAUUCCAACAGUGGGAAGAGAGCGUGAGGCCAAAGGUUCAAGGUUCUUGGAAUCUUCACGUCUCACUUCCCCAAGGAAUGGACUUUUUUGUGCUCCUGUCAUCCGCUAGCGGUAUCUUUGGGAACCCAGGGCAGAGCAACUACGCAGCUGGUAACACCUACCAAGACGAGCUUGCACAUUACCGGGUGUUGCAUGGAGAAAAGGCUGUGGCACUAGAUCUCGGUGUCGUUCUCUCAGAGGGUAUUGUUGCCGAAAAUUCCCAGCUGAUGGAUCGGUUGAUGCGUCAAGGCGUCAUGCUCCCCAUCACACAAGAAGAGGUACAAUCACUUCUGGACUUCUACUGCAACCCGGCACUUCAGUUAUCUCCGCAAUGGUGUGACCAGGUGAUCCUGGGUAUCGAUAUUCCGGCCAAGGUGGUUGCCAGAGGGGGGGAGGUGCCUGUCGCCUUGUGCCAGCCUCUCUUCCGCAAAAUGCAUCAGAUUGAAUUCUCUGGACAAUCGUCAGUGCGCAAGGACGAGAACAGUACGGAUUUCAAAACCAUGUUCGCAAGCGUAGGCACUCUUGCCGAGGCGGGAAUGAUGGUGUCCGAGGCCCUGAGGAAGAAGCUUUCCAAGGUCUUAGGCAUUGCAGAAGAGAACAUAGAGCUCAGCCAUAGGGUUGAGUCUUAUGGUGUCGACUCGCUGGUUGCUGUGGAACUGCGCAAUUGGGUGUCGAAGGAGAUGAGUGCAGACCUUGCAGUCUUUGAGAUCGUAGGUGGGGCUACAUUGGUGGGCGUUGGGCUUACUGCUGCAUCAAAGAGCGCAUUUAAGCAAAGCACAUGGACAUAG